AUGACACGAACCGGACAUGCAACUCACCAAGAGCAGGAAACCCUCAAUGCCGUGACGGAAUACGGCGCCGAGAGUCACGAUGGCUCGAGCCACCACCGCAUCAACCAAUACAUCAUCAAACAGGAGAUUGGUCGAGGCUCCUACGGCGCCGUCCAUCUGGCGACUGACCAGUUUGGCACUGAAUACGCCGUGAAGGAAUUCUCAAAGGUCCGUUUACGCAAACGCGCCCAGUCCAACAUCCUUCGACAAGGCGCUCGAAGGCCACAGCGCUUCGCCCACCGAGUAAGCCUCAAUGCGCCUCUCUCGCCGCACUUCGACGACGGUGGCCAGGGAGGUAAAGCUGGGUGGAACGCCAACGAUGCGCUGUUCUUCAUCAGAGAGGAAAUCGCCAUCAUGAAGAAGCUGAACCACCCGAACUUGGUCCAGCUGAUCGAAGUCCUCGACGACCCAGAGGAAGACUCGCUGUACAUGGUCCUUGAAAUGUGCAAAAAGGGUGUCGUCAUGAAGGUUGGGCUCAACCAGAAAGCUAAGCCGUAUAGCGAAGACCUGUGCCGUUACUGGUUCCGCGACUUGAUUUUGGGCAUCGAGUAUCUGCAUGAGCAAGGCGUCAUCCACCGCGAUAUCAAGCCAGACAACCUUCUCCUCACUGAGGAUGAUGUUCUGAAAAUCGUGGAUUUCGGUGUCUCCGAGAUGUUUGAGAAGCCUGGCGAGGGAAUGAAGACGGCCAAGUCGGCUGGAUCUCCUGCCUUCCUGGCCCCAGAGCUUUGCGUAGUGAGGCAUGGCGACGUGGAUGGCAGAGCCGCCGAUAUCUGGUCUAUGGGCGUUUCUUUGUACUGCUUACGCUAUGGAAAGAUCCCUUUUGAGCACGAGGGUGUGCUUGAGAUGUAUGAAGCCAUCAAGACUGAAUCCCCCGACCUGCCAGAGGAGGAGAACCCCGACUUCGUAGACCUGAUGGGGAAAAUCCUGGAGAAGGAUCCCCAGAAGCGAAUCCAAAUAUCUGGGCUGCGGGAUCACCCAUGGGUGACAAAAAAGGGAACUGACCCUUUGUUGUCAAAAGAAGACAAUUGCUCGGUCAUUGUGGAGCCCCCAAACGAUCUUGAGCUGAGCCGCGCUUUUACGCGGAAGAUGAACCAUCUCCUAUGUGUUAUGAAAGCAAUCCACAGGUUCAAGAGUAUUCUCUCCAGACAAAGACAGAGUUCGAAGUCGUCGAGGGACGGAAGCUCUAGCCUGACGGUUGACCCAAUCCGAGAAGACGCGCAAAAAGAGGACAUUGAGGCCCUGAUUGCAAAGCGUCGCGAGUUCUUGAGGCAGCAAGGUAACUCUACUGCCAACGGCAAGGCAGAAUCGGAGCCGCUGAUCCUUGGUAUUGGCGUUGGUGCGCGGGAUGAAUUUGACAAUGACGAGCCCUCUGCUGGUGACAUAGCCGAGUCUCCCACCAACGUCGACUUCAACAUCUAUGACAAGGCUUAUGAGGCUGAGGUAGAGCGCAUCAUGAAGAAGCCGGCGCGGCAGACGACCAUGUACUUGACGCGCUUCGUCAAGGACCGGGAGCACUACAAAGAGGUGGCCAACGUCGUGGAGGGGAUGUCUGCGGGUGUUACGCCAGUGGGCACGCCGAAGGCAGACAUCCAUUUGACCGCGUCGAAAGGCCGGUUUGCAGACUUGGUCUCUAGCAUGACUGGCGGUUCACAACCGAAAGCUAGCGGCGAAGACAGGAAUUGA